UUAACACUUCUGGACAUCCUCUUAAACACCUACUUAAGCUUAGUUCGAACAAUAACCUAAGGGGUAACACCCAGAAACUGGAAACACAACAUAGCAAGACGGAAUGUAGACACAACUUCUACUCCUUAAGAGUUGUCAAAAGCUAGAACUCGCUGCCGGCCGAGCUAGUCCAAGCGACUUCUCAGGAGUCCUUCAAGAGGCAACUUGACCUAUUCUUAAGGACUAAGGACAGCAUCGCACUAUGAUUUACCAAUUUCUUUUCCUCUUUUAUUGCUAACAUACCUAGGUUCCUGCCUGGAGGAUUUGGUGAUCCCCUGCUACUAGACACGGAAGCCUGUUAAGCGAAAGCUUCUUCUAUUCCGUCCACAACCAUUUGAACCAUUUGAACCAUUUGAACGGUUUGAACCAUCUGGACCUCAAGGCCAAUGAUUCCCAAAACUUCAAAUGACUACAAACAACCCUUCGAAGGACAAUAAAGCUGAUUACUUGAGACGCUACCUCGAACCUGUGGGUAGUAAAAAGAAACGGAAAGUAGUUAACGACAUCACAGUGAAAUACAUCUCUGGUGAUCUCCCGGAAACUCUAGAUGCAUUCUAUAAAACAGAUGCAGAUGGUUUUGAAUUUCCUUCAGAUCCAUCGUUCGUAGAACCAUUACCUACAGUGGUUCGACAAGCAACUUUACUCAAAGACAAAAAGUCAAAACAAGGAGACAAAUCGAGAAAGGAGGCCGAGUUGGAGGCUAGAUACGAUGUAUGGAAUAAAGGCAUCAAAACUCUAGAAGAAACUUAUAAUAAACUUAAGGAACAAGAAUAUGAAAGUUCAAAACCACUGGCACGAUAUGCUAGUGAUAAAGAUCUUACAGAACAUUUGAAGUCACAAAUACAUUCUGAAGAUCCUAUGGCUCAGUAUUUUGUUCGGAAAUCAGCUAAGAAGAAGCGGCAAAAGAAAAGUCACAAAAAGAAAAAACAUAAACAUUCAUCUCAUUCCGACAUCUCACACUCAUCCCAAUCAGACGAUAGUGGUGAUGAUGAAGGAGAAGAUGAUCGACCCCGUUACAAAGGUCCUGAACCACCUCCAAAUCGUUAUAAUAUAUGGCCUGGUUUCCGUUGGGAUGGUGUGGAUCGUAGUAAUGGCUUUGAAAAAAAAAUAGUUGAAGAUCAAACUCGCCGACGAGUUGAACGUGAAAUAGCUCAACGCUGGGCAGUUGAAGAUAUGUAAAAUAAUAACUUACAUUAUUAUUGUUUGUAAAGUUUCUAUUCAUUGCACGAUGUACAGAUGUAUUAUGAUAUUAUAUUUUUUCACAUUA